AUGACGCGUUUUCUUAGUUUUAUGGUAUUAAUAACGUGGGCCACAAUGGCCAGGAGUGAAUGCAUACAAUUUACAUUCGAAAGUGGUAUCGGCUUAUACGGAAAUGAUAGUGCUAUGUGUAGUCCAUUCCCGAUUUGGAAUUUGGGGACGUAUUCCUCUAUAGAAGUGGAAACGCCUCAUGUCAAAAGCACCCAUUUCGUGGAGCCUAACGAUAGGACCAGCUGUUUCACAUCGCCCAAAAUACAAAUGGAAAAUGGUGGACGUUUAGAAAUUAAUGUCUUUGUGGAUUCAGUAGUUGGACGGGACAUAAGUUUGUCGGUCGUGGCCUCCGAAAAUGUCCCAAAUGGUGUAGAUUCAAUUGUUGCUGUUUCGAAUCUGCCUCAAUCAACCACUCCAGGCUGGCACGUCUUGAGUGCAAACAUUGUAGGGAGUGUGGCUUUCGAAGGAUACGUUAACUUCAUCGGUCACAGAUCAACGGGGUCCCAUAUUUUGAUCGAUGCCAUCCGUUACAUCCCUCCACAUGUUGAUGUAAACGACUGUGUUUUGUAUGAAGACGACGAGACAACCCCACAGCCAGAAGCGACGACACCUGAAGCAGAUGACGUUGAAGAAUGCAUCACGUUUAACUUCGAAGAAAACACGGAGAAACUCUUCGAUGAUAACAAUUAUUUGUGCGACGGCUUCGUUCCUUGGAAUAUUGGGAACUAUGCGAACAUCGGAAUAGAGAGUCAGAACGUGGGAGGUGAAAAAUUCUUGAUUCCAAAUCAGCAGUCCAGUUGCACGGCUUCUUUCGCGUUCCCAAUGACCCCCGGUGGCGUAAUAGAAGCCAAUGUAUUUAUAGAUCACACGUCCAAUUUAGAUCAUAUUAUAAUUUUGGUCAAGAACCUAGUUUCCAACGGAGUAGAUACUGUUGCAGGAUUCCAGAUUUUUGAACCGUCUCGUGCUUCUUUCGUGACAGGGUGGAGCGUAAUUCGCAUUCCCAUCGCUAACUUAAUCCCUUUCAAUGGAUAUUUGGUGUUCCUCGGAGCAGCCGCUGAAGGUUCGAAAGUUCUAGUUGAUUCGUUCAGAUACAUUCCGCCCGGCACCCCUGCGGACCACGAAUCAUGCGCUAUAUACUAA